AACGGCUGCUCCGUUAAUGACAUUCAUUCAUCUGAUGCGAGCCAUCGAGGACGAACGCUGACGUAACAGAUAUUACAAUGCAACGAGGAUACAUUUUAUGUUGGUUUAUGAGUGGCUGGAUACUACAGGCACCAGGGGGCAGGAAAACAAUGAUGCACUUCAGGAACAUUAUCGACCUCUGUGCUAAAUCAGGACGUUAACCAACUUAAUGCAAGAUCAGUGGAUGAUGGACUUGUGGAUGUAAUUUAAUGUCCAGCGGAACUGGCUAGCAUCGGCUUGUGGAAGAUCUUCAUAUUGCAUUUUGUUGCAGUAGAGUUGCUGCUGCCCCGUCUCUCUCCCUCCUAUCCGACGUUGUUGUCAAUGAUCUAACAUGGCGACUGUACCAGUAUAUUGCAUCUGCAGAUUACCGUACGACGUUACCCAGUUUAUGAUCGAAUGUGACGCAUGCAAGGACUGGUUUCACGGAAGCUGUGUUGGUGUGGAUGAAGAUGAGGCUCCAGACAUUGACAUCUACCACUGUCCCAACUGUGAGAAGACAGACGGAAAAUCCACCAUGAAAAACAAGAAAAGGAAUAAACACGACACGGGACAGAGUGGAGACAUCCGAGCUGUUCAGAAUGGCAGUCAGGUGUUCAUCAAGGAGCUACGCAGUCGCACCUUCCCCAGCUCUGAGGACAUUGUGGUGAAGCUGAACGGCAGUCAGCUGACGAUGGACUACCUGGAAGAGGUUGGUUUUAACGAGCCGAUCCUGGUUCUGAAGAAGGACGGUCUGGGGAUGUCCAUGCCCGCUCCUACCUUCUACAUCAAUGAUGUGGAGAACCAUGUUGGUCCAGACGUGGGUGUGGAUGUGAUAGAUGUGACCAAGCAGACUGACAGUAAGAUGAAGCUCAAGGACUUUGUAGAUUACUACUACAGCACCAACAGGAAGAAAGUGUUAAACAUUAUCAACCUGGAGUUCUCUGACAAAAGAAUGGACAGUAUAGUGGAGAGCCCUCAGAUUGUGCGGAGGUUGUCGUGGGUAGAGAACUACUGGCCAGACGAUGCUCUCCUGGGGAAACCUAAAGUCACUAAGUACUGUCUGAUCGGUGUUAAAGACAGCUACACUGACUUCCACAUCGAGUGUGGAGGGGCCUCCGUAUGGUACCACGUACUCAAGGGAGAGAAGAUCUUCUUCCUGAUCAAGCCCACGUCAGCUAACCUAUCGUUGUACGAGCGCUGGAGGUCCUCAGCCAAUCACACAGAGAUGUUCUUCGCUGACCAGGUGGACAAGUGUUACAAGUGUACUCUGAAGCAGGGACAGACCCUAUUCAUACCAUCAGGUUGGAUCAACGCAGUUCUGACUCCAGUGGACACUCUGGCCUUUUCUGGACACUUUGUCCACAACCUGAGUGUUGAGAUGCAGAUGAGAGCAUAUGAGGUGGAGAAGCGUCUGAAGGUCAACUGUCUGACUCCGUUCCCCAACUUUGAGACGGCCUGCUGGUACGUGGGACGCCACCUGCUGGAGAGGUUCAAAGGUUUACACAAGUCCAACAAGCAACCAGCUGCCUACCUGGUCCACGGAGCUAAGAUCAUCAACGGAGCUUUUAGAGCUUGGACCAAGAAACAGGCUCUGUUAGAACACGAGGAUGAGCUUCCAGAGAACAUGAAGCCCACUCAGCUCAUCAAGGACCUGGCCAAGGAGAUCAGGAUCUCAGAGAAUGCGGCUAAAGCCAUUAAGAGUGAUUUGAGCAGCAAGGCUCCAGUGGAGGAACCCCCUGCUGCCCCAUCAGAGCCUGAGGACCCUGCUUCCCCCUCCAGCGUCCCCUCUCCCUCCCCUCCCCUCCGGGAAAAACCAUCUAGGAAGAAGGCCUCCAAGCCACCCAAGCCGCCCAAGAUGCCCAAGGCCCCCAAACCUCCCAAGGUCCCCAAAGUGAAGGAGGGAGGGAACAAGAAAGGAAAGAAAGAGAAGGAGGUCCCCCCUCCCCCUCCUCCUCCUCCUCCUCCAUCGAAGCCCUCCAGCCUGGCAGCUCUGGAGUCUCACGCUAAGGACAUCCUCAGCAAGAUGGACCAACCCAAGAAGGGCAAGAUGGGGGGCAAGGUGGCUAACAACAUCCUGAGUAUGUCGGGGACCUGUAAGCAGAACGAUUUGGAGAAGAUUGAGAUCCGAGAACAGAACAAGAAACAGGCGGAGGCCAAGUGGAAAUAUAAGAACAGUAAACCAGAUUCCUUAUUGAAGAUGGAAACUGAAGUGCACAAGUUUGAGAGAACGCCACUGUCGGGCAACAAAGACAAGUUUGCCUUUUCAAUGACACACAAGAAGUUACUAGGUUCUAAGCUGAAGCCCCAGACUAACUCCAGUGUGUUCAGCUCGUUACAAAACCUAAAAGAGGACAAGGCCAAGCCGGUGAGAGACGAGUAUGAGUACGUGUCAGACGAAGGAGAGCUGAAGAUUGAUGAGUUCCCCAUCAGGAGGAAAAAGAGAGACUUAUCCUUCCUGUCAAACAUCAAAGAAGCAAUCCAGCCAUCCAAGAAGCCAAAGCUCAUCCCCUCUGAUGUCAAGAAGACUGACUCAUCAGAUGAAGAGUCGCUCCACAUCGACACAGAAGUCAAGCCAGAGGUCAAGCGGGAGGUGAAAGGUCGUAACUUGAAGGUAAAGAAGAAGGCGGGAAGCACGGCAGGCAUCCUGGACCUACUACAGGCCAGCAAAGCAGUGGGCGGCAUCGACUACAGCGUCAAUAGUCAGCCACCUGCAUCUCCCAGCACACAGGAGGCCAUUCAGGGGAUGUUGUCUAUGGCCAACCUGUCCUCCGGGGCUACCGCUGGGGCCGCAGCCAUCUCCUCCGACACCCCUGGGGCCUGGGGCUGCGACCGGCCCGGCAGAAACCACUCCAACACCACCACCGCUGGACGGAAGGGAGGAGCAGCAAGCGGAGCGGGAGGAGGAGUAAGUAAGCGGCCAGCCAAACGACCCCCCAAGAAGACGAAGAAGAGCUGCAGCAUCGACAGUGCCGAGUUCGAUGAUGAUCAGGAUCACAUGGACGCCUGCUUCAAGGACUCAGAUUAUGUUUACCCUUCUCUGGAGUCUGAAGAGGAUAACCCUGUCUUCAAAUCCAGAUCCAAGAAGAGGAAAGGUUCAGACACUCCAUACAGCCCCACAGCACGUGUCGGUCCCUCUGUGCUUCGUCAGGCGAGGCCGGCCAGAGAAGGAGCAAGAGUGGCGUCCAUAGAGACAGGACUGGCGGCUGCUGCAGCCAAACUCUCUCACCAGGAGGAACAGCAGAAGACCAAGAAGAAGAAGAAAAGCACCAAAAAGAAGCCCCCUGCUGCCGUGAGGGAGGAGGAAGAGGAGGAGCCAGUGAGGAAGCUGAGCAGGUACAGCAGCACUCCAGAACCAGGCGUGGGCAAGGACACUGAGCCAGGGCAGACCAACCACGAGUACUCCUCUGGGGCAGGAGGGAGUCAGGCUGGAGGGCUCCAGCCCAUGGCCCCCGGAGUCUUCCUCACACAGAGACGACCCUCCACAUCUUCAUUGUCUCAGAACAACAACACAGCCAAAGGGGAGCGAGGAGGAGGAGGAGCAGGAGGAGAAGCAGCAGGAGGAGGAGGAGCAUCAGCAGGAGCGAAACGGCUAAAGAAAGGCAUGGCGACGGCUAAACAGAGACUGGGAAAGAUCCUCAAGAUCCAACGCAAUGGGAAGCUCCUCCUUUAACAGGGAGUGACUCACUGAGAACUGCCAUUGGUUCCUGAUGCAGUACUAUUGGCCAAUGAACUGGCCGCUUCUCCAACUCCUCUCUUCUGAUAGGUCCAGGGCCAACAGAGACAGACUGCUUUAUAACUUUCAGAUAUUAAAGUGUACAGAAUACAUGCUAGAAAUAUUUUUUAAGAAAAAUGUGUGUCAUUUUACUACAGUCAGUUUAUCAGGGGGUCACUACACUAGAGAUAAAUUAGGGCUGCUGUCCAAAUGGCACUCUAUUCCCGUUAUAAUGCACUGGUCACCCAUAGGGCUCUGGUCAAAAGUAGUGCACUAUAUUGGGAAUAGGGUGCCAUUUGGGAAGACAGCCUAGAAAUACAUUGCAGUCAUUCCAUUCUAGGGUGGGGUGGGGUAUAGGUGGGGUUAGGGUGGGGUAUAGGUUGAACUACAGGUUAUUCAUAGGGAAUUCCUGCUAUUUGGAUGCGGCUUAUCAUUACCUUGCAAUGUUGUUGAUGAUUUUAGGAAAUACAUGUUUUCCUCUGUCCUCCUCAGUCCAGACCAGACAGCCUGAAAUCCAGUCUAUUUGUUCUAACAUUCCUCUCCAAACAUAUUUGGCAUGACAAGGAGUGGGAUGUUAGCACAAACAAUGUUGAUUUCUAGACCCAGACCUUCACUAGAAACAUUCACCUCCACGCUAUGUAUUAAUUUCCGAAGCACUAUCAGUUAUGAUAUUUAUUGUCCUAAUAUAAUGUCAUAGAUAAGAAAGGAAAGCCAACAAGGCACUUAUGAAACAACUAUUAAGCACAAAAUAUGAAGAGACUUUCAGAGUAAUCUCAGAAGUCAAAUAUGAUGAUGGUUACAAACAUAUCAGCGUCUUCUCACAAUCUACCAUUAGUUCGAUUUCAAGACUAUUGUAAGUUAAAUAUUGUGAUUAUAGACCAUUGUCUUCCCUCAGAUGGCGUAAUUCUAAUGCGACAAGUGCGUCCCGGAGAUAUCUGUUUAGCAAGUCGUGGAAGUCAUCUCUGAAAACACAGUUUUUGCUCAUCUACCUAACACGACUGACUUGGGACCUCUACGGUAAAACAUCAGACUGACCCACUGGCUAGGGACGACUACAGUAAACCAUCAGACUGACCCACUGGCUAGGGACUACUACAGUAAACCAUAAGACUGACCCACUGGCUAGUGACUACAACUGUAAACCAAGAGACUGACCCACUGGCUAGGGAAUACCAUGGCAAACUAUCAGACUGACCCACUGGCUAGGAACUACUACAGUAAACCAUCAUAUUGACCCAUAGGCUAGGGACGUCUACUGUAAACCAUCAGACUGACCCAAUGGCUAAGGACUACUACUGUAAACCAUCAUAUUGACCCACUGGCUAGGGACUACGAUGGCAAACCAUCAGACUGACCCACUGGCUAGGGAUGACUACGAUAAACCAUCAGACUGACCCACUGGCUAGGGUCUACUACGAUAAACCAUCAGACUGACCCACUGGCUUGGGUCUACUAUGAUAAACCAUCAGACUGAACCACUGGCUAGGGACUACUACGGUAAACCAUCAGACUGACCCACUGGCUAGGGACUACGGCAAACCAUCAGACUGACCCACUGGCUAGGGACCUUUACUGUAAACCAAGAGGCUGACCCACUGGCUAGGGACUUCUACUGUAAACCAAGAGACUGACCCAUUGGCUAAAGACCUUUACUGUAAACCAAGAGGCUGACCCACUGGCUAGGGACUUCUACUGUAAACCAAGAGACUGACCCAAUGGCUAGGGACUACUACGGUAAACCAUCAGACUGACCCACUGGCUAGAUACUACUACAGUAAACCAUCAGACUGACCCACUGGCUGUGGACUGCUAUGAUAAACCUUCAGAUUGACCCACUGGCUGGGGACUGCUACUGUAAACCAUCAGACUGACCCACUGGCUCGGGACUACUACAGUAAACCAUCAGACUGACCCACUGGCUAGGGACUACUACAGUAAACCAUAAUACUGACCCAC